GAAGCCGCUGGAUGUAUUUCUUCGGUGCAGACAAUUUGUGUGAAAUAAGUGGAAAAUUAAAAUAAUAUUACAAUCAAUAAAACAAUUUUUUUUUUUUUAAUUCUAAAAAAGUUUUAUAAAAAAUUAAUUAUUAAAAUAAUAUAAAAAGUAAAAAAUAUAAAAAAUAUAUAUAUUUUUUAUGAAAUAUUAAUUUUUUAUAAAAAAAUAUAUACUACAAAAAGUGCCAAGUCCCGAGAAGUUUUAAAUUUUAAAACUAUAAAAAAUUGAUUUUACAUAAAUUCAUAAAAUUAAAAAAAAAAUUCUAAAUAUUUUUUUCGAAAACCGCAUGAAGCUGCAAAAUGAAAUUUCAUCUAUUUUUAGUUGUUCUACUAUUUUCCAUGAAGAGAGCCACUUCAGACUACAUUGAAUGCUAUGUGUGUGAAGAUUGCGAGGAAAAUGAGGGUCAGUUAGUCUCCUGUGCAUUACUUGGAGAGUUGCAAUUAAUAGAUGCCGUAGUUGACAGCGAUACAGAUACCGCUCCACUUAUCAGCACAACGCAGACGACAACCACCAUAAAAGAGACUAAUAAUAGUUCCACAUCCGCGAGUUUCGAGAAUCCGACAACGACGACUGCGACUGUCAAACAAAAUCUAACAACUACAGUUAGUAUACCGAAUCCUAUAGACUCCAUGGAAUCUUAUGAGGACUUGGAUUGGGAACCACAUGGCUCAGUAACGAAUACAAAGCUUGAUAGAGAGACAACGAACGGCACGAAUACACAAGAGGAAACUUUGUUAGCCAACGGAACUGUGAUUGCAAGAAAUGAGACCUCCGAGGCAAUUGUAGACGGCACCACAGUGCUGUUACCGGGAACUAUGCCAACUGUGAAGGUUAAUUUGACUUCCACUGUACAUACAAAUGUUACCACGAAUACUACUGAUAUGCUCGGACUGAAUACAACUACAAUUGAGACUUUCUUGAACACAACUAUAGUUGGCACAAGACCUAAUGCCACCUCGGCAACAAUACUUGGCAACGAAAGUUCUGGAAACGUCACUACAAAUUUAAGUACUCUAAAUACUUCUGGAACCUUAAGUUCUGUGGGACUUAAUGGUACAAAUUCACUCAAUGCAACAUCCGCUACUUCUGGAAAUGUGACAGCUACAGGGAUUUCUAUAUUGGGAAAUGAGACUACAAGUUCGGUAGGACUUAACGGUACAACUCAAGUCAAUUCAACCACCGUUAACUCUGGUAAUGUGAUAACCACAGGGAUUUCGAUAUUGGGAAAUGAGACUGCAAGUUCGGUAGGACUUAACGGUACAAGUCAAGUCAAUGCAACCACCGUUAACUCUGGUAACGUGACAACCACAGGAAUUUCGAUAUUGGAAAAUGAGACGACGAGUUAUGUGGAUCUAAAUGGUACAACACAAGUUUCAACAACCGCUAGUUCUGGAAAUGUGACAGCUACAGGGAUUUCUAUAUUGGGAAAUGAGACUACAAGUUCGGUAGGACUUAACGGUACAAGUCAAGUCAAUGCAACCACCGUUAACUCUGGUAACGUGACAACCACAGGGAUUUCUAUAUUGGGAUAUGAGACCACGAGUUCUGUGGGGCUUAAUAGUUCAGCAGUCACUGCAACAACUGUUAGCUCUGGAAAUCUGACAGCUACAGAGAUUUCGACAUUGGGAAAUGAGACCACUAGCUCAGUAGGACUUAACGGUACAAUGCAAUUCAAUGCAACUACUGGUAUUCUUGGAAACAUAGCAGCUACCAGUUCUGUGGGGCUUAAUGAAACAAAUCAAGUCAAUGCUACAACCACUAGUCCUGGAAACCUAACAAAUAUAGGAAUUUCGACUUUGGGAAAUGAAACUAUAAGUACUGUGGUACUUAAUGGUACAACGCAAGUAAAUACAACUAUUGGUAUUCCUGGGAACAUAACAACUACGAGUUCUGUCGGUCUUAAUGGCACAGCUCAAGGCAAUACAACAAUCGUUAACACUGGGAACCUAACAACUACAGGUACUUCGAUAUUGGGAAAUGAAUCCAUGAGCUCUGUGGAUCUUAAUGUUACAUCUCCCGUCAAUACAACAACUCUUAGCUCCAUGGUGCAAAACGGAACAAUACAAGGGUCAACUGUCAAUGUUGGGAACUUAACAACAGCUGGAAAUUCGAGUUUAGGAGCGGGGUCCAUGAAUUCCACAUUCACAUUGGCACAAAGCAAUUAUACAGCAACUGAAAUCAAGGAACUGACCAAUGCAACAAAUGGAAAUAGUUCUAGUAUAGUAUCAACUGCAAAUAUGAACGGAACAUUAACAAAUAUUAACGGUGCUCCACAAAAUGUUAACACAACAACCCUGUUAAAUUUAACAGCAAAUAUUACAAACGAAGCGACUAAAAUUAACGGUACUUCAAAUUCAACCACAUCUGCGUCAAAUACAACAAUUUCAAAUAAUGCACAAGCUGGAACUGUUAUUUCUGAAGAAUACUCUGACGAAGAUGACAGCAAGUUCGUUUCGGAUUCUGAAGAAGGUCUUCUGAAACGCUCGAAGACAUAUCACGAAAGGCUUGGCACUAACAAAAACACUGAGAAUGCCGGGGGAUCUGCCAUAAUGGCAGUCAAGCAAAGAAAGCCCUUCCUAGUUAAGCAGAAUCCUGCAGACAUUCUAUUAAACAAAUAUAGCAAACUGAGGUAUGCAGCAGGAUUGAAGCAAGUAAACAUAACCUACAAAUGUUAUACAGUGCGCGUUAAAGGCAAAGAUAAAGUGCAAGUCAACAAAGGCUGCAUCGCAGUGCCUGCUAAACGGACCGCCUGCGAACUGUUGGCUACGAAAUAUGGUGAGACGGCGUUGCAGGACUGCAAAGUGUGCCCAGAGGGCAAAUGUAAUAAUCGCAAUCGAAGCAAUAAUUUGAAAAUUUCUGUGGCAAGUUCUCUCUCAACGAUUUUAAUCGCUUGGUUGCUCAGUUGAGCUUGAGAGUUGCCACUAAAAUUUGUUUUUUCAGCUUAUUACAAACAAUUAAUUUUUAACAGUUUAAACAGAAGGAUAUGAAAAUCUUUGUGCUUUCUUAUAUCAAAUAAAUUAUCUGCUCGCUACUUAUCAUUCCUACAA